AUGCCUCCGGUGGAGACCAAGCAGUAUGACUAUAUCGUGUUAGGUGGUGGAAGUGGUGGCAGCGGUAGUGGACGGAGAGCUGCCGGUUGGUACGGGGCGAAGACAUUGAUCGUGGAAAGUGGACGCGCUGGCGGUACUUGCGUCAAUGUUGGCUGUGUCCCCAAGAAGAUGACAUGGAACUUUGCGUCCAUUUCCGAAGCAGUCGAGGCUGGCCGUCACUACGGUUACGAUCUUCCCGAACACGUCGACGUCAACUACAAUCACUUUAAGAAAAUCCGCGACUCCACGAUUGAGCGGUUGAACGGGAUCUACGAGAAGAACUGGGGCAAUGAAGGCAUUGACCUUGUGCACGGCCGGGCCCGGUUCGUCGAGAAGAAGACCAUUGAAGUCACCAACCAGGAUGGCACCAAGACACGGUAUACUGCGCCGCACAUUCUGAUCGCGACCGGUGGCCGGCCUAGCCUGCCGCCGAACAUCAAGGGUUCCGAGCACGGUAUCAGCAGCGAUGGAUUCUUCGAGAUCGAAGAGCUCCCACCUAAGAUCGCUGUUGUCGGUGCUGGAUACAUCGCCGUCGAGCUGGCAGGUGUCAUGGGUACGGUCGGCGUCGAGACACACAUGUUCAUCCGUGGCGAGACCUUCUUGCGCAAAUUCGACCCGAUGAUCCAGAAGACCAUGACUGAGCGAUACGAGGCCGUCGGCAUCAAGGUCCACAAGAAGCACCCCGGUAUCAAGGAGGUCCAACUCCUUCGCGACGGCAAGGGCAAGGACAAGCUCCUCAAGCUGAUCAUGAACGAUGGGUCAGAGAUGGAGGUCAACGAACUCCUAUGGGCCAUUGGCCGCGUCCCCGAGGUCGAGGACCUAGACCUUGAGAUCCCGGGCGUGAAGCUUAACGAAAACGGACACGUCGUCGUCGACGAAUACCAGAACAGCAGCGUCGAGGGCAUCUACGCCAUCGGCGACGUCACAGGCCAGGCCGAACUAACCCCUGUCGCCAUCGCUGCCGGCCGCCAACUCGGAAACCGUCUCUUCGGCGGGCCCGAAUUCAAGAACGCCAAGCUCUCCUACGACAACAUUCCCACCGUCGUUUUCUCCCACCCCGAAGUUGGCACCGUCGGCCUCACCGAGCCGCAAGCCCGCGAGAAGUUUGGCGACGAGAACGUUAAGGUCUAUCACACCCGUUUCCCCGCCAUGUACUACCACGUCUUUCCGCCCGAGGAGAAGGCCAAGAACCCGACUGAGUUCAAGAUGGUUGUUGCGGGGCCUGAGGAGAAGGUUGUUGGCCUGCACCUCCUCGGUUUGGGUGUUGGGGAGAUGACGCAGGGCUUUGGCGUUGCGGUGAAGAUGGGUGCUACGAAGAAGGACUUUGACAGCUGUGUUGCUAUUCAUCCUACUAGUGCCGAGGAGCUUGUUACACUGCGGUAG